AUGGCUCCGCCUCAGGCGCCGGCGGACGGUGGUGUCGUCGUUGCCGGCGGCACGGCGGUGCCGUCGGAGAACGGUGCCGGCGACCAUCACGGGGGGAGCGUCGACAACAGUAACGGCGUUGUCGGGGGCCGCACGACGGUGCCGUCGUCGGUGGCGGCGAACGGCAACGGCAAGCAGCACGGCACGAGGGAGAGGAAGAAGAAGCCAGCAGUCGUCAGCCCGAUGGACAAGUACUGGACGCCCAUCGACGACAAGGAGGCGGCGGAGGCCGUGGAGGACGGCGGCGAGGACGGGCGGCGCCCGCUCCUGUUCCGGACGUACAGGGUCAAGGGAAUCCUCUUGCACCCCUACAGGUUGUUGACCUUGCUGAGAUUGAUUGCUAUCAUCCUAUUCUUCAUAUGGCGGAUCAGGCACCCGUACGCCGAUGGCAUGUGGCUCUGGUGGAUAUCCAUGGUUGGAGAUUUCUGGUUUGGUGUCACUUGGUUGCUAAACCAAGUUGCAAAGCUCAACCCUAUCAAGCGUGUCCCAGACCUUUCCCUCCUGAGACAGCAAUUCGAUCUCCCUGAUGGCAACUCUAAUCUCCCCAGGCUUGAUGUUUUUAUCAACACCGUUGAUCCCAUAAAUGAGCCUAUGAUAUACACUAUGAACUCUAUCCUAUCCAUUCUUGCCGUAGACUACCCAAUUGAUAGGACUGCUACCUACCUCUCGGAUGAUGGAGGGUCCAUAAUCCAUUAUGAGGGCUUGCUUGAGACUGCAAAUUUCGCAAAACUUUGGGUUCCAUUUUGCCGAAAACAUAGCAUUGAGCCGAGAGCUCCUCAGAGCUAUUUUGCUGUGAAGUCACACCCGUACACAGGAAAUGUACCAGAUGAGUUUGCUGAUGAUCAUAGGCACAUGUCUAAGGAAUAUGAUGAGUUCAAGGUGCAUUUGGAUGCACUUUUUACUAAAAUCCCUGAGCGCUCAGAUGCAUACAAUGCAGAGGCCAAAGAAGGUGUAAAGGCAACCUGGAUGGCAGAUGGAACACAAUGGCCAGGAACAUGGUUUGACCCUGCUGAAAACCACAAGAAAGGGCAACAUGCUGGAAUUGUUAAGGUUAUGUUGAAUCACCCGGGCGAUGAACCUCGGUUUGGUGGACCAGCUAGUGCUGAAACCCCUCUGGACUUCAGUGCUGUUGACGUGCGUCUCCCAAUGCUUGUCUAUAUCUCCCGUGAGAAGAAUCCAAGCUAUGACCAUCAAAAGAAAGCAGGCGCCAUGAACGUGCAGCUGCGGGUCUCUGCACUUCUGACUAAUGCUCCCUUCAUCAUCAAUUUUGAUGGUGACCACUAUGUCAACAACUCACAGGCCUUCCGAGCUGCAAUGUGCUUCAUGCUGGACCGGCGUGAUGGCGACAACACUGCUUUUGUUCAGUUCCCACAACGCUUCGAUGAUGUCGACCCAACAGACAGGUACUGCAAUCACAACCGUGUCUUCUUUGAUGCCACCUUGCUUGGUCUAAAUGGCAUCCAGGGACCCUCCUAUGUUGGCACCGGUUGCAUGUUCCGCCGGAUUGCUGUCUAUGGUAUUGAUCCACCUCGUUGGAGAACUGAUGCCUUCAAGCUCGUGGACAACCCCAACAAGUUUGGCAACUCAAUGCCCUUCAUCAACUCCAUACCAUCAGCUGCGAACCAAGAAUGGUCCAUGACAUCACCACCGGCACAUGAGGAGUCUGUCAUGGAAGAGCUGAAUAAUGUCAUGAAGUCUGCAUAUGAGGAUGGUACUGAAUUUGGAAAGGAAAUAGGCUGGGUGUACAACAUUGCUACAGAGGAUGUGGUGACGGGCUUCCGAGUACACCGGACAGGAUGGCGAUCUAUGUACUGCCGCAUAGAACCAGAUGCUUUCCGUGGCACUGCACCUAUCAACCUCACUGAGCGCCUCUACCAGAUUCUGCGCUGGUCGGGCGGUUCCCUUGAAAUGUUCUUCUCACACUGCCCACUCCUUGCUGGUCAUCGACUAAACUUCAUGCAACGAAUAGCCUACACCAACAUGACAGCCUACCCAAUCUCAUCAGUCUUCCUUGUUUUCUAUCUCCUCUUCCCCAUCAUAUGGAUCUUCCGUGGUGAGUUCUACAUACAAAAGCCAUUCCCCACAUAUGUGUUGUACCUCGUCAUCAUCAUAGCAAUGACAGAACUGAUCGGCAUGGUCGAGAUCAAGUGGGCUGGCCUCACGUUGUUGGAUUGGAUCCGCAACGAGCAGUUCUACAUCAUCGGGGCAACAGCCGUGUACCCAUUAGCAACGCUGCACAUUGUGCUGAAGCUAGUCCUUCGUGGGAAUGGUGUUUCGUUCAAGCUGACAGCGAAGCAGGCUACAAGCACCGUGAACGAGAAGUAUGCUGAGAUGUACGUAGUGCAGUGGGCGCCACUGCUGAUCCCCACAAUAGUGGUGAUCGCCGUGAACGUCGGAGCGAUUGGGGCGGCGAUUGGCAAGGCGAUCGUUGAGGGAUGGUCGCUCCUGCAGAUGGCCGAUGCGUCCCUCGGACUGGUGUUCAACGCAUGGAUCCUGCUGCUGAUCUACCCGUUUGCGCUCGGGAUCAUGGGGCGGUGGAGCAAGAGGCCCUAUAUACUGUUCAUCUUGUUCAUGAUUGGGUUUGCUGUAGUAGCGGCGGUGGUUGUUGCCAUCCAUGCUGCGCGCACUGGUUCUGUUCGGUUCCAUUUCAGACAUUCAGGCGGUGCUAGUUUCCCUACAAGCUGGGGUUUUUAG